UGCUUAGCUGCCUGCUCAGUACACAGAAACACCUGCUAAAGAAAUGUGAAGAGAGCAGACACGUGCUACUUGGAAACAAUUCGCCUGUUCAACACCCAGGAGAUUCCGGUGACCCUUUACAGACUUGCUUCUACCUUCAUCAUGAAAAGGAGGAAACUCAAACUGAAGUGAGUUACAAACAUCAUUUCCAACACAGGAUUGUGACUCGGCCCUGAGCAUGAUGGAGAAGAACAAGCAGUCAGAGGAUGACCAAGAUCCUGCCUGGAUCCCACAGUCUUUCCGUCUAGGGCGUCUUAAGAAUGCGUUGGACGGAGGGGAGUAUGCCCCUUUUAUAACCCCUCCCAUAUUGGAGAGUAAUUUUAUUCAGGUCAAUAGGAGAGGUGAAUCGAUUUAUCUGCAUAACCGAGCAAACUGGGUGACCAUCGGCAUCUGUUCUUCCAAUCCCAUCCUCAAGACCCCCAAUGUGAUGCUGUUGGCACAUCUGACACCAGAGGCUAGAAAAGAGUCAGAACCGCUCUUUAAACGCCUCCUGUCAUCUUCCUCCACAGAGAAGCUGGUGCUCACCAGGUUUCUCCCUUUGCAGUUUGUGACUCUUUCUGUGCACAGUGCUAAGAACAUGCGACUCAAAGUCAAGCUGAUAAGCGGCCGAGCCUACUAUUUACAGCUCUGUGCUCCUGUAUAUAAACAGGAUAUCGUAUUUUCCCAGUGGGUGGACCUCAUCACCCUCUUGAACCAGGAGAAAGCCAGAACUUCCAAAGUAUCCGAGGUUUCCAGCCUCUCGGAAAUCACAAACAGCACAGACAUCACAGGCUCGAUGGACAUCAUGGACAUCACGGCUUUUGCAGAGCUGCAGGCUGUGCACUCGCACACCCGCAUCUACUCCGCUGCCGUCACUGAGAGUGCAGACUUCUCAGAAUUUACAGAUGUUACCGAUAUCACUGAUGUCACUGAUGUCACCGAUGUCCCAGAAACUGGGGCCACAGACGUUCCAGAUGUAAAAAUCGUCACAGAGGUCACAGAAGUCAUAGAAGACAAAGAGGCCGCAAAAGGCUCAGGUGUCACAGUAGUAUUUGAAAACGACGACAUAAGAAAGGCCAAGGAAGAGGAAAAGGAAAAUGUCCUGAGGCAUGGGUGUCUACGAGACAUGAAAAGUAAGAACGAGUUCAGAGACGCCCCCAAACAUGUCACCAUCUCAGACCUAACACUCACUUUCCAAGGCGAAAGGUGUUUCCAGACUACUUUGACUCCUAUAAAAAGCGAGGAAGAUAUAUCCAUAGAAACAGGUGAUAAAGCCUUGGAAGAAAAGAUGACUGAUCUUCCAAAUGCAAGUCUCAAGGCUACAGAAUCCAGCACAAAGUCUCCAUAUGUAGCUCAGGUUGGUCCGGGACUUACUACAGAAAAGGCUACUGGUAAGCCUGAUAUGCUAGAGGAAAAAGGAAAUAAAAUAAACAAUAAACAGGAGAAAGAUGUAAUAAAGAAAAAAGAGAGAAACCGAGACCAUCGGACAGACACAGAGAAGAAGACAGGAAUACAAGCUGCAGUACAGAAUCAGGGCCAGUUGGUGUGGACAGAGUAUCCACUCUAUGUCGGUGUGUGCUUAAAAGAAAACCCAAGGAUGUCUUCCUUCAAUGAUAAAAAUGGAUCCAUCCAAUUGAGCAGGACCACAAGAACUGACUCAGACACUACAGGGGAAAUGCACGUAAGCCGAGUAACACAGAAAAAGUUACAAUCAAUGGGAAAGCCUGAUGAAUGACCAACCUAAAGGUGAGUUUUCAAUAUGACAAGACUCCGUAGAUUUAAAUGGUAGACAUUUUAAUAAGUUGACUCUUGACAUGAAUCUCAUUAUUUCUAUUGAAGUAACGAAAGAGGUGAAGUUGCCAAUAAAGAGGUAGAGUAGAAUGUGAAGGAGGUUUGCUGUGGCUUCUUCUCUAGACUCUAGGCUAGGUGGCAACACCAGCAGGAGGCAGAACAGAGAGAGCUAUAUACCGCUGCUUCUCCAUGGGAAUUAUUUCUCUCCUGAUGCUAUACCAGUCCCAGGGACUGAACUCGGGUCAUCAAGCUUGCUAGCAGGCACCUUUACCUGAGCCAUCUUGUCUG